AUGGACUCAACCACCCAACCCAUUCUCGCGGGCUUUAUGGCUCUCCGCGAUAGCUCAAGCCGACGAGCAGCGCUCAAUGAGAUCCUUGAUAGUCUAACUUCUCAUGAGAUACGAGAAGUGAAAAGCCGACUCGAGACGAUGAAAUUCCAAUGUGAUUUUCUAGAUAAACUGCCUCUUGAACUGGUGAAUAUGUUAGUAAGGAACUUAGACCUAGCUGACCUUGUUCUCCUCCGAAGAGUCUCCAAACGAUGGCGUGCAUUGUUAUCUUCAACCAUCGUCAUCACCGCUGCAAUCAAAUAUCACAUGGGAAAAAGCGUCAUCAAGCCCGGUUCUACCCCAGCUGCCUUUGAUGCGUUGAUUAAAAAACGACUUCGAGCGGAAAGGGGAAUGCCUGCUGUCAUGGCUACAAUCCCUUGUUACUUGUCUCGCGAUAUAGACGACGCACUGAACAGAGACAGCAUAAGCUAUUGCAAUGGAGUAUGCGCGUGGAUUGACGAGUUCACAGAUCGAACUACUAUCUUCACAGUGGACCUACCAAGCGGCAAAAACAGAGCCCUCACAACAGCGAAUCGAGAGGAAUUUAGUCAUGUCCAGGUCUCAGACACUUUGGUCUCAGCAACUUCUGUUCGGGGGUAUUGCCAUGUCUGGAACAGGUCUAACGAAGAGCACAAGUUCUUUCGAAUUCCUUCGUUGCAAUUUGUUCAUUACAUAUCCAUCGGAUCCAAAGUCAUGCUGAGCUAUGGGGAUUCCAUAGUCCAUUUCUGCUUUGAUUCCGGAAUCGCCCGUUCCAUCAAGAUCGGACCGUCCAUUCUUUUGCUGUCAGUAUCUGCAGAGGAGGAUGGACUCUCCGUCGUUUGCGUCCGCAGAAAAGAUGGCAUCAACAUUCAAUUACGGGAAGAUGAUAGCUUACUUUGGGAAGAGCAUCAUUUGCAGAUCCAGAAGUUCUCUGUCCAUGAUAAUCGGUUCAUCUGCACGUGGGAGCAAUAUCGAGAGCUUCCUUUCAGACAUUACAAAUUAUGGGGGGUUCAAUGCGAGCCAAAAGUCACCGCACCACCAUACAGAGGAUGCAUGCGCCCCGGCCAGAGCUCUACUUUGCUGGAAUUAUGCACGACUGGAGCGAAUAGGAAUUCUUAUCUUACGAAUGAUCUUCCUCUACGAGAAUAUGGUUCACUGUCUCUUUCACUCGAGGCAGAUGAUCGGAUUACUGUACAUCUUCAUCCGGUAGGGCUGAACUUGAGGAAUCCUCACGCCGAUCUAGACUAUUCAGCCCGGGGCCUUGGUUUGAUCUAUUGUUUUGAGGACUACCACCUCUCAACAAAAACAACAUUGCACAUUGGCUGUGAAUUCUCAGAGCCCUCGCAUGCCCACGACGCUAAAGCGUGUCAAUUCAAAUCCUUACACACAGUAGUUUUUCCAGAUGAACGGUCAUGCACCUCGGUUUUGGGGGAUGGGGACUUUGUUAUAUUCCCUGUGGAUAAGGCAAUCUGGGUCUGGUGCUUUGAUGAGACAUGGAUUCCCUCUGGUAUCCUAAUAUGA